CAUGCCCAUUAUUUAUUCUAUAUAUGAUUGAAGGAUCAAGAUUCUUGUACAUAUAUGUAUAUUAUCUCUUAACUCUUGGUCAUUAGGGUUUCUUCUGUGUGGCCAUUACAUAUCAUUAGCAUCGUUAUAGUAUCAGCAUGGAGUCCAAUUCCAAUGCAAGUUCUUCAAGAUCCGACAGAAAAACCAUUGAGAAAAACAGGAGGAUUCAGAUGAAAACCCUCCAAUCAGAUCUCAACUCUCUUCUUCCCAAUUCCCAAAAUUCUAGGGAACCAUUGACUCAGCCCGAUCAGCUAGACGAAGCAGCAAAGUACAUCAAGAAGCUGCAAGUGAAGGUGGAGAGGAUGAAAGAGAGGAAGAGGAAGCUCGUGGGUUCCGAGGGAUCAUCCGACUCUCCGUCGGGUUUCGCGUUUAGACGGCCAAGAAUCGAAAUCCAAGAAAUGGGUCCGAUCAUGAAUAUUGUUCUUGUCACGGGUUUGGAUUGCAAGCACAUGUUCUACGAAAUCAUCCGUGUCCUUACGGACGAAGGAACCGAUGUUUCUCAUUCUUCCUUCUCCGUUGUUGAUGACGCUGUCUUCCACACUCUUCAAUGCAAGGUGGAGGUGGAAGAGUGUGAUUAUGAAGCGGCAAGAGGAAGGAUUUCCGAGAGAUUAAAGAGGCUUGUGGACAAUGUCUCUAACUAGUUUGAAUUGCCCGCCACUCUUUUGUCUUCUAAAACCACAUAUCCUCUUUAGUCACGUUUGUACUUUAUUGUUGGCUAAUUGCUCCGUGUAAGAUAAUUUCUUUCAUGGUUAUUAAUUAUUUCGUAAAUA